GUGUCGUUGUCAUGGAUACAAAUUUUAACAAAAUGGCGGAUGAUUGUACAAAUACAUUUUGGAAGAAAAGUGUAUAAUUCAUAUUUAAAAAUAUUGAACUGGUGAACAGAAUGUCACAGGGCGAUGUGAAAUAUGUUCGAGUAUUGCCAAAGGACAAGAUAUAUCGAAAUAUUUUUGAGGCUGAGCAAAGUUUAAACACGUCCUUGAAAAAAGAAAGAAAGAUAUCAAAGUCAAAAAGGGAGCCAACAUUGCCUGUUUUAAAACAACCAAUAACUUUCACAGAUGGCAGUGGUAUCUUGUCACAACGACAGAAGACCUGGGUGGAAGCAAAUCCCAAUGAACCAAAUGUUGAAAACCCCACAUACUUGAGAUAUUUGUGGCUGGAUGAACAAGAGAGGGUAUCCAAGUCAGAAAGUUUUUAUGAAGCACAAGAAGUGAGAGGUUUACCUGAAGUAGAUAACCUGCAACGCACUAGCAGCUCAAAGUCGAGAAAUGUUGUUGAGAAAAUUAGUGAAAAAAGAAAAGAAAGACACGAGGCUGCCUUAGAAGAGUUCUAUCAAGAACUUGGAAUUAUCAGUUCAGAGCUUGAACCACGUAUUGCAGAAGCAAGUGAGAUUCUAAAGGAUGCCUUUGCUGCAAAUACUGAAGAGCUUUCAAAGGUCAUGCAACUUAUUCGUGAUGAUAAGGAUCUAUUGAAAUACUCUUUGGAAGAUCUGCACAAGUUAUGGGAAUGUAUUGCUGAAAUAUCUUCUAGUAGGCAAGAAUACAUAAUCGAUCUCUUGAAGACAUUUGACGCGAUUGAACAAGACCGCUAUAAAAUGGUUUGUGAAACGUUAAAAACGUUCAAUUCGAUAUUUGAAAACAUCGCUUAUUUAAUGUCGUCUGAUGUUCAUCGAAUGAUGGAGAGGGAAGCUGAGGAAAUCAAUUCAACGAUGAUUUGUAAUCGUAAAGCUUACGCAGAUCUUGUUGCCAACUUACAAAAAGCCGCCGUUGAAUUAGAAAGAAGAUAUUACCAUGUUUGGGAGACACGCGUUAAAUCGUGGAAAGAAUUGAAAACCAAAGAGGCUGUACAAGGAUUUAUUGACUUCAUGGAAAGUAACGAAAUACGUCAACCACCCAGAGUAUUACGAUGUUUGGAGGAAAUGAGAGAGAAACAGACUACCUUGAAUACGAAACGAUUAGACUUGUUUAAUUCUUUGAGGGACAUGAAACCACCUGGGUCAACAAAAGCUGCAGUUUAUCAGUGGAAUAAUGUCCUGGGUCAUGUCACUGAUCAACUGGAGAAAACAAAUAAGAAAUACAGAGAGUAUGUUCAGGAGGCGUAUGAUCAAGUCAUACACGAUUGUUAUGAAAGAAUGGAACAGAUUAAGAUCAAAUUGGAGGAAGAGAAUAUUAUUGACGGAGAGGAACUGAACACGAUCUUGAACGAAUCCUUUUUGCCUUUGAUUGGUGAGAAGAAGACCCGUUAUGAGUGUGAAAUGGAGAUUUUCGAGAGAACAAUUGAAAAUCUAACCAUAUUUCAAGACAGCUUGGUACGUUCCUUAUUCAAGUUUGUCCAAGGUGCCGCACACAUCUGGGACACCCACGAAAUUGGAGUUGCAAGACAGGAACGAGCGCUACAGGAAAAUUUAGAGGAAGGACGACAUCGUCAUGAUGGAGCAAAUCAGGUUAAAGAAGCAAAUCUCGAUAUUAUCAUGGAUAAAAUGAGACAAGAGUCAAGCGAAGAGACUUUAGAAAAAACCCUUGCACAAGCAUGCUCGCUUCUGGAUGAAAUUCAGGAAGGUUACAAGACUUUUCACUCGGAGCAAUUGGAAUGUGUUUGCAAGUAUCCGGACAAAAUAAAAGAUCAGCUGGAGAUUUAUGAUCACGAAAUUUGUGGCUAUUUUGCCGUGGACAGAAAUAAACCUCAAGCAGUGAAAAAGCAACCUCGAACGAUCCCGGUUUCUCCAUCAGGUUCCUUAUUACCAAAGCAAGGUCGAUCUCAACGCGAGAUAUCACUACAAGGGGAAACAUUGGAAGACGUUUUGAAAACAUCCAAUGGAACAACAUUCUAUGUUUUAACAUACCCUGGGGAUUAUGGUUUCCCAUCUUCAUCAGUGAGCGCUCGUACUUUGAAGACUUCAAUGACAUUCCUCAGUGAUACACCAGCGGAUCUGGACGAUUACAACACAUUAUACACAGAAAAAAUCAUCAUCGAAGAAGACUUGUUCACGGAGCUGCGGAAAAGUUUACGGAUGCAAUUUUUGGAGUCGUUGGAAACCUGGAAGAUAGAAGCGAUGGAAAGAGCAAACAGUGUCGUUGCGGCUAAGGUGGAAGAGUUAAACAGUGAAUUGGAUCUGCGGCUUCAUCUUCAUAAACCCCGUCCUGCCCGCGCUGAACAAGAUGUACACAAUGUUAGAGCUGCUGAGCUAGUGAUGCAUCAGGAACGCGUGGAGCGGCAUUCAAAAGGCAUCAACACAACGUUGAACGAGUUUAAAACACGAUUCCAAGUCAUGAUUGAAGAGCAUAACGAUGAGACAGAUAAAUUUAAGAAAGCAGUGCAAGCUUUGGAAGCCACAUUCACCUCUGCUACAAAAACUCACGAACUCGUAGCGAUUCAAGAUCAUGUCAGUGGCCAGGUGGAAGGAUAUAUGAAUAAGAUCAGAACAUCGUUAAGAAAAUUUCGCCAGGAUUUGGAUGGCAUGUUGUCUUCUUUGAGAAACUCCAAUGCAAGAUUUAGAAAGUCUUUUAAAGUUUUCUCAGAAGGUGGAAAUUUUUCGUUGGAUGAAGUUGAAGACUACAGACGAAAACUGGAACGUAUGGCAAACAAGAUCGAUGCUGCAGAAGGAACAAUUAUGGGAGAACUAGAAGGCAUGGAAACAAAGCGGCUGGAGUCUGCUUUAGACAAUGCUGGAAAACUAGAGGAUAGAUUCAAGCAUCAUCUUUUCGACCUAACAUUCGUGGAGAAAUCCUCAAGAUGGGUAACAAACACACAAGUUAAGAUAAAAACAGAGGUUGCAAAAAGCAAUUCUCAAGCGAAAAAUUUGGUGUUAAACUUGGCGAAAAUUGAACGACGUAUCGAUGCAGUUAGAAACCCAAAUCUUGACAAAGAGCAAGUAACAUGUGAAGAUAUCCAGGACGAUCUACGUGACGUGUUUAAAAUGUUCAUUGAUAGAUCACUAUUCCUUGAUUGCUUAUUGAUUGACCCAGAGUCUUGUUAUGACGCGCUGAGCGGGAAAGAACUUCCUUAUGUUAAGGAUGUACAACCCAGUAAAGGAAAUAAAGGCUCGGAUAAAAAGGAUGGCAGAAGGUCGAACAAAGGAAACAAGAAGAACAUAAAUGUUGAGAAAGUAUCUAUUCAAUCACCCGCCUCAUCGUCUCCGAUUGUGGAAACACCACAACCAUCGCCACCAGAUCUCAGACCAAAAACCAUGCCAUCUGACCCCGACCGAAGGGCAGUGUUGAAGAACUCGGCCCAAUCGCUUCCGUAUCGACUUCACCGAUCAGGUACCGGACGUCGUCCCAGUGCUUCCAAACGGGAUUUUCUUACUAAAUUCGACAGAAAGUAUUUGGUAUUUGGUGAUAAAACGGACGAGGAAUCGAAAUCUGAUUUCUUGACAAUCAUUCUGCACAUUUUAAGAAAUUCUUUAAAUGGUUUAUUGGCAACAGCAGAAGCCUACUACCGUCAAAAAGGACCAAGAUUAGCGACUCGCUCAACAAUUAACGAUAAUUUCGACACAUCUGCGCAAGCAACAGUGCAAAGAUUGCUCUCUUACAAAACGCAAGCUGAGGAAUAUCAUAAUUCAUGUAUACAGGAAUUUCGAAAUCAACUAAAGAAACUUCAAACGCUUGUCGUUGAAAUUCCAGACUUGGUCAUCCAGUGUUUCAUGGUAGAGCAUUCUAGUGAAACGGAAGUUUUGGUUGAAAAAACAAAGAAAGAAAAUGCGGAAACGGUCUCCAUGCUGGAACACCAAAGGAAACAACACGAAGGAAAACUGCGACCAGCUUUGGGACAUCCUAAGAACCGCGAUGAAUUAGAAGGUUUGAAAACUAUAGAGAAAGAACGAAGUAAUUCAAGAGUGAGGACUUUAAAAGAGUUUACGAAUGAGCUGAAGGGACAUAGAUUACAGAGAGCUAAAGAUUUUGUAGAAACUCUUUCAAAAACUAGUGUUGAGAUGUUAAGAUUGUUUGACGGUUUGGUGACUGUGGACGACGUAAAACUUGGAAAGGUGGAAGAUAAACCUAAAAGCACUAAACAGAUAUUGUUUGAACAGUCAAGACCUCCUAAAAACGAAGAAGAAAAAGAAUCAGAGUACUUCAGCAAGCCCGGUGGAAAGUGGGAAGGCUUGCCGACCAAUGAACUCGCUCUAAAACCACCUGAUAAGUUGACAAGAACCCCAACAUCGGUGACGUCAAAAACAACAGCUGCACAUAAAUCCGUUAUUGAAGCAAGAAACAAGGCUUAUAAGGAGUACAACUCGAAUUUUUUCACGAGUAUAAAUGACAUAAAUACACAAGGUGAGAAUGCUUCGUAUGAGGAAGAAAGAUGGCAAGAAAAAUGGAAUCUGUCGUUGCAGAGAAUACAAAACUUACAUUAAUUAAAUGGUGAUUUACUAGCAUUGUAUUUAAGAUAUUGUAAAUGUUCAAGUUGUACAAAUGCGUUAAGUUAUAUGAUAUUUUUUAUUAG